AUGUCUCACCUCCCUCAAGAGCCCGAGUUCGAGCAGGCUUACAGUGAGCUCGCCUCUGCCCUCGAGAAUAGCUCCAUCUACAACGAGCACCCCGAGUACCGCACUGCCCUCGCUGUCGCCGCCAUCCCCGAGCGUAUCAUUCAGUUCCGUGUUGUUUGGAGCGACGACAAGGGUGACCUCCAGGUCAACCGCGGUUUCCGUGUCCAGUUCAACUCUGCUCUUGGUCCCUACAAGGGCGGUCUUCGAUUCCACCCCAGUGUCAACCUGUCUAUCCUCAAGUUCCUUGGUUUCGAGCAAAUCUUCAAGAAUGCCCUGACUGGCCUUAACAUGGGUGGUGGCAAGGGAGGUGCCGACUUUGACCCCAAGGGCAAGUCCGACGCCGAGAUCCGACGAUUUUGCCAGUCUUUCAUGACUGAGCUUUCCAAGCACAUUGGUGGCGAGACUGAUGUUCCCGCUGGUGAUAUUGGUGUUGGUGGCCGUGAGAUCGGUUACCUCUUCGGUGCCUACCGCAAGCUCCGCAACCGCUGGGAGGGUGUCCUUACUGGAAAGGGUCUCUCAUGGGGUGGUAGCUUGAUCCGACCCGAGGCCACUGGUUACGGUCUCGUCUACUAUGUCGAGUACAUGCUUAAGCAUGCUAACCGUGGUACCUUCGAGGGCAAGCGCGUUGCCCUCUCCGGCUCAGGAAACGUUGCCCAGUACGCAGCUCUCAAGAUCAUUGAGCUUGGUGGCUCCGUUAUCUCUUUGUCCGACUCCAAGGGUGCCCUUGUUGCCAAGGAGGGUUCUUCUUUCACCCCUGAGCAGAUUCACAACAUCGCUGGUCUCAAGCUCAAGCACCAGUCUCUGACUGCUUUCGAACACCAGGACAAGUUCACCUGGGUCGAGGGUGCCCGACCUUGGGUCCACGUUGGCAAGGUUGACAUUGCUCUUCCCAGUGCCACCCAGAACGAAGUCAGCAAGGAGGAGGCUAAGGCCCUCGUUGAUGCUGGUGCUUUUAUCAUUGCUGAGGGUUCCAACAUGGGCUGCACUGCCGAGGCCAUCGAGGUUUUCGAGGCCCACCGCAAGGAGAAGGGCGCCGAGGCUGUCUGGUACGCUCCCGGAAAGGCCUCCAACUGUGGUGGUGUCGCUGUGUCUGGCCUCGAGAUGGCUCAGAAUAGCCAGCGCAUCCAGUGGUCUGAGAAGGAGGUUGAUGAUCGCCUCAAGGGCAUCAUGAAGGAUGCUUUCGACGCUGGUCUUCAGACUGCCCAGAAGUACGUCGAGGCCAAGGAGGGCGAGCUUCCCAGCUUGGUUGCCGGUAGCAACAUCGCUGGUUUCAUCAAGGUCGCUGAGGCCAUGCAUGCCCAGGGUGACUGGUUCUAA